AUGAAGCUCUGCGUGGCCGUUCUCUCUCUCCUUGUGUUCGUGGCUGCCUUUUGCUCUCCGGCCCUCUCAGCACCAAUGGGGUCAGACCCUCCUACUGCCUGCUGCUUCUCUUAUACCAUGCGGAAGCUUCCUCGCAACUUUGUGGUUGAUUACUAUGAGACCAGCAGCCUCUGCUCCAAGCCAGCUGUGGUAUUCCAGACCAGAAAGGGCAGGCAAGUCUGUGCUGACCCAACUGAACCCUGGGUCCAGGAGUACGUGGAUGACCUGGAACUAAACUGA